AUGAGGUCGUGGCGGCGGCAGAGCGUGGUCGCCGCGGGCUGUGACGCGUCCGUGCUGCUGUCCGGUCCCGACGACGAGCACAGCGCGGGCGCCGACACGACGCUGUCGCCGGACGCGCUGGACCUCGUCACCCGCGCCAAGGCCGCCGUCGACGCCGACCCCAAGUGCGCCUACAAGGUCUCCUGCGCCGACAUCCUCGCACUCACCGCCCGCGACGUCGUCUCCCAGACGGGCGGACCGUACUACCAGGUGGAGCUGGGGCGGCUGGACGGCAAGGUGGGCACGCGCGCCGUGGUGAAGCACAGCCUCCCCGGCGCCGGCUUCGACCUGGACCAGCUCAACAAGCUCUUCGCCGCAAACGGGCUCACGCAGACCGACAUGAUCGCGCUCUCAGUUGCUGAUCAGUCACGAGAAACAUGA